GCAACCCUCUUAUCCAUAACUUCUUCACUUCUUCGCGCCUUUUGUCUCCAAUUGGCUUUUCUAAGUUAAGUACUCUGAAUGGAAGCUAGCGCAAAUCCGGCUUGUCUUUUCCUCUUAUCAUCCCCACUUCUUGUGACGCAUUUUUUGGAUGCGCAUAAGAUACCACGGACACCCUAGCCUCCAAGCAAUCUGACUUUCGUAUUCAGCGGAGGCAUUAUCUCCUCGUCUUCAAGCGUUGUGGGAAAACCGGAAUUUGCGUACAUAUUGAGAUAAAGCACAAUGUCGGGCUUCAGGAAAAUUUCCCCUUGGCUCUGCACAAUAUCUCUUCUUCUGGUGGAACAAGUAGCGCACCAUGGUCUACAGGCGAACGAACACGGUUCCAAUCUGAAAAGUGACAUUUCAAGACAGGACAGGCCUCAUCAGCAAAUCGUCUCCAAAACCAGUUCGAGAGUCCCACGAAAGACUUCGAGCCCAGCCCCAGUGACCCUGCACGUGAUUGGUCUGUUUGCUAUGAGUGGGCCGUACCCGGCCGGCCAGUCCUACUUGCCAGCGGCGCUGUUGGCGGUCAAGCACAUCAACGAGGACCCCAGCAUCUUGCCCAACUACAGGCUACAGAUAAACGCCUACGACACGAACUGUUCCGAGGCUCGAGGGCUGGACGCUUUCUACAAAGAGGUAUACAACCCUAACAGGACCUCAAUCAUGGCGCUGGGAGGGACCUGCUCCCACGUGACUGAGGCCACUGCAGCGGUCAGCAACCUCUGGAAAAUGCUGCAGAUAUCGUAUUCAGCAGUCUCUCCUCACCUGUCCAAUCAGGACUUGUUCCCCGCGUUCUUCCGCGUGAUGACUCCGGAGCAGAAUCGUACUCACGCACGCGUAGAACUCCUCAGGGUCUUCAACUGGACACGAGUCUUAGUCAUAUACCGAGACUUCAAGCUUUUCUCUUCGCUCUUUGAGGAGGUGCAGAGAGAUCUUCAGAACGAGGGUUUUGAGGUCAAGGACGAGAUGCUCAUUACCAACUCAGAUCUCAAACUGAAGGUGGAAACUCUGAGGAAAAAAGAUGCACGUAUUGUCCUGGGUUCUUUCUAUGAGGAUGAAGCUCGUCGAGUGAUGUGUGCUGUCUACGACUCGGACACAGGUCCUCCCGAAAAAGCCUGGUACAAGAAAAUGGUAUGGGUGCUACCCUCAUUUUUCGACCGCUAUUGGAUGAACUUUACGGGCGAAGAUCCCAACUGCACCCCGCACAAAAUACGACAGGUGGUUGGUCAGUAUUUCACCAUUGGAUCAGCUCCUGUUUCGGGAGAUCCUGAGUACAAAGCUGUGCGUGGAAUGUCCCCCUUACGGUACAAAGAGCUGUACUCUGGACAGAAUCUCUACGAAGCCGUGAAGGAUGAUAUUCCCAAAGAGUACCGACACAUGUUCGGACCAGAUAGCACGUAUUUCAACCGGGACUGGCUGCUGUACGCAGAACAUCGGUCACCUGAGGCCUAUGACGCGGUUUGGGCGAUCGCUUACGCGCUGAACGAUACCCUGACCACCCUGCUUAAAUAUGAUCCUAACAGCGGAUUGGGAGACUAUUCUUAUCACAACGAGACAUUCUUCCAACUGAUGAAGUCUCACAUGCAGAACGUGAAAUUUUCAGCCUUGUCUGGACCCUUUUCCUUUAACGAAAGAGGGGAGAGAACGCCUGGAAUCCUCAUCUCCAGAUUUCUCAACGACGACAACCUGACGUUCAUUGAUAUUGGUAGAUGUACUCUCCCACCCAGAGGCACAAAGUGGAACUGUUCUAUCGAAGAAGAGAAAAUUAUCUGGGAAAAUGGAAAAGUCCCAGUGGACGGUGUGCUUACUGUAAACCAAGUGGUCAGGAUUGACGGUCGGAUCAAGUUCUGUUUCUGGUUCCUAGCUUGUUCCGGCAUUCUCCUUACGCUGGCGCUUCUAGUGUUCAACAUCAUGAGCAGAAGGCACAAGAUCAUCAAGAUGUCAUCGCCAAGGAUCAACAACAUCAUCCUCAGCGGUUGUUUAAUCGCCUAUUGUUCUGUGCUCAUAAUUGAACCCGCAGGGGGCGAGUCCACGGGCACGUGUGUGCUUCACACAUUCCUUCUGGCCCUGAGCUUUUCAAUUGGUUUUGGCGCCGUUUUUGCCAAGACCUGGAGAGUGUACACCAUCUUUACACACGGACAUCGGAUGCGGAAUACAAGAAUGAUCAAGGAUAGCAGCCUGUUUGCGAUCAUCAUGGCCCUGGUGUUGCUCAACUGCAUCAUCCUGACUGUCUGGGCCCUCGUCUCGCCGCAGUCGCCACACCUCGUCAACUUUGGCACACCCGUGGCUUCCUCAGAUGAAGACCUUAUGAUUCAGGAGCAGUUCCUGCGGUGUGACUCUAAGUACGGCAUGCACUUCGCUGGCACGCUCAACGCCAUACAGGGCCUGGUCAUCCUCUUUGGCACCUUCCUCGCUGUACAGACACGCAAGGUGUCUUUGCCUGAACUGAACGACUCCAAGUGGAUCGCUUUGUGCAUCUACAACGUGGUGGUGCUGGCCCCUAUUAGCGUGGUGGUUGUUUUGGCAACCGACUCCAAACCGGAAGUGAACUACGCUUUAAGAGUAGCAAUGCUGUUACUCAUCACGUCUGUCACAGAGUGUCUCAUUUUUGUUCCUAAGAUCAUCUCUUACAGACGGUUCAACCGCACGAAAAGUCUCAAGUCUAACCCCAAGGAAAGAAGCUCUGACCACGUCCACAGGGUUUUGGGUGCGCCACCAACAAUGACGGAUUCAAGUUGCCCACCGACACUGUUACAAAAUGACGGGCCGGCAGUCUCAUUUUCAAGUCAGACACAAUGUGUCACUAGUAUCAGCAAUUCUUCCAAAACGCCCUACUCUUUCGACACCCCCAGGAGCACAAUCUAUGAGACCAAAGAAGGAGCAAUAAGUGAGAUACCACUCCCACAUCUUGAAGAAUUUUCGGCUUCUUCUUGCGACCUUUCAAAGGUUAGCGGUAUGGGCAGGUCCCUGUCAGACUCAAACCUGAGUUUCACACAGGGUGAUCCGAAGAUUUCAAAUCUUCCUGGCGGUUCUAGAAGCACGGACGUUGAGAUAAACAUUGUUGAUGGCGACUGUGAAACGCAGACAGGCGAUAAAAACGUGAGCGAGCUAACCGCCAAAGUCAAGGACGAUGUGGAUUUCCAAUCUAAUGUAGGAUUCAAGGCCAGUGAGCGGGAGAGGCGGACGGGUAUGCCCAAAAAGAGCCAGUCCUAACGCAGCUGAGCCGACCGAGGGAUGCGAAGAACAUUAAGAGUUUUAACAGUACCAAGUGGUUGUACGCCACGCCGCUACCUUAGAAUUACAAAAUUCUUUCUGACCUUUCUGACCGUGUUCAGUUACUAUGACGAAUAGGUCAGUAGCAUAAUUAUGUUCUAUCUAUUCUACCGAAAUCUCUAGAUUAUUCGGAAACGUUAUAAUAAUAUUCAAAGAUAUGCACAUUUCUCCAAACUAAGAACUGAGCUGGUAGAACUUUGUAAUUCUAGGAUAGCGCUGUACCAAUACGCGGGCGUCACAUUUUAAAGUGGCCUUCGAUGCUCAAAAUUUUUUUUAUAGCAUAAUUCUGAGAAGCAACUUAUGAAUACCGGUGUCUGUGGUGUAGCGCUUAUGGGCUUCACCGUCGCAGGCAGGAGACCCAAGUUCGUUUACCGUAUGGGGAUAACUUCUAUCGAGUAUCUCUAUCUUUCUCUUGGGACGUUGUAUCCUUCUCAGAUGGGGUUGGGCUCGACAGGCAGGGUUGUGCUCGCCUGCAGGAUGAUCUAAACUGUCUUAUAGCGUCUUAUUGUCCGCCACGGGGUACGUUCCUACCGAGAUAUUUAAAGUGGUGAUCUUUUGAAAGGACACUAGCUCAUAUAAUAAUCUCUCUCCGAUCUUUGAAAAUAUUUUCUGUGUAUUCUGAACUAUAAUUGUUAAAAACAUUUCCUUUAUCCAUUGACAUAACAUUAUUUGAUAUUACAUAUAUUUGUGCUUCUGUAUCCCCCCCCCCCUACUUCUUUGAUUUUGAAGUGCAUGUAUUUGCAAUUGUUAUUUGGGUUGGUCUUAUAUCUUGACGCUGAUCCUUUUCCCUCGUAUAUUUUGCUUUUUCAUAUUUUGGGGCAUUUAUGUACCUCUUUCAUUAACAUUGUUUUUAGUUGAUGAGGGAUUUUUGACGUCUGUGUUUGGACCAUAUUCAAAUUGCAUAAAAUCCUUAGACCUUUUCCUUCUUUCCAUUAACAUCUGCAGUAAAAUCUUUUGUAAUACAACACAUGAGGCCUAUCGUUCCAUACAACUCGCAUCCUUUAACAGCCUGGACACAUUAGUAAAAACUGACUUAAUAGUUAAUUAUUUCUUAUGAAAUGUUACCACCAUUUUGGAGAGAAUUUAAGAGCUUUUUGUUUAUUCCACUGCCGGUUUUUAUCUAUGACAUGUAUAUUGAUAGUGAGUUCAACUGGAAUGUUAUCAUGCCAUGUAGUUUUCUUUUGUAUUAUUCUCUGCUACUGCAAUUUUUUUUACUUGUUCCUUAUGAUUUUUAUUAUUUUAUUUACCUCUUCUUUUCUCGGCUUUCAAUUGCCAGGAAGUCAGUCUCUCGUUAGAUAAAGAACUGGCGGUUCAUUUCGUUAUUCCUUUCUUACCGAUUUUUCUUGUGUAUUAUCUUUCAAAAGAUGUCUCAUAUAUUUUCUGCUAAAACAUUCACUUCGUCCAUUUAAAUAUCUCAUUCUCUUGAUCUUAUACAGCCUUAAUUUUAGCCUAUUUUCCCCUCUUACUUCUUUAAUUUGGAAUCCUCUUUAUGAUAUCUUUGUGUUGAUUCACUUUUAUUUACGGACACUGAUAAUUUAUCCACGUUUCAUUUGUUUUAUUACAUUUGAAAACAAAGAUAAUACGUAUCUUUCUGUGCUUCAUGUAUCUUUCAUUAGCAUUGAGGUAAGAGUGGAUGAAUCAUUUUAG